UUCAGUCAAGCCGCAGCCGUCGUCGGAAAAACAGUUCUAGGCACUUUUCACCCAACACAGUUCUCGCGUGUUCAACGUGUUUGUCGUCGUCGUCUUCGUGUCUUUGUGUGCGUGUAGUGAAGCACGGUUUGACAGUGUGCGUUGUCGUAGUCGUGUGCAAGCGGAGAAGGAGAGCGUUGCGCAAAGUUUCGAGAGAGGAGAGCGCGAGAGAGAGGAACCCGCUGAGUAGCAGAGCCCAGGUCCGUCGGAACGGUCGGGAAGAAGUGGCAGGCAGUUUUCCGUAGAGAGGCGACCCCGCAGCACACAAAAGUGUCCCGAGCAGCCGCUAGCUCUAGAGCUCUGUGUGUGAAAAUAUUUUAAAGUUUUAAAAAAAGGAGAAGGCCUCUUUAGUGUUGAAUUCUCGCAAGUGCGUGUAGAGUUCGUGCGGCGCGCAGCAAAGCAAAACCCGGAAGUUCGGAACCGUUUCCGUCGAUCCCCCGUUAGUUAAAGAACAAAAAACACAUCAAAAAUGGCCGAUCAACUUACAGAGGAACAGAUCGCCGAGUUCAAAGAAGCGUUCUCGCUGUUCGACAAAGACGGUGACGGCACGAUCACGACCAAGGAGCUGGGCACCGUGAUGCGAUCGUUAGGCCAGAACCCCACAGAAGCAGAGCUGCAAGACAUGAUAAACGAGGUCGAUGCGGACGGCAACGGCACGAUCGACUUCCCCGAGUUUCUCACCAUGAUGGCUCGCAAAAUGAAGGACACCGAUAGCGAAGAGGAAAUCCGGGAGGCGUUCCGAGUCUUCGACAAGGACGGCAACGGCUUCAUCUCGGCGGCCGAGCUGCGCCACGUCAUGACCAAUCUCGGCGAGAAGCUCACGGACGAGGAGGUGGAUGAGAUGAUCCGCGAGGCCGACAUUGACGGCGAUGGCCAAGUUAAUUAUGAAGAAUUCGUAACAAUGAUGACAUCGAAGUGAGCUACAGGUCGAAAAAUUGCGCCUUUUCAUUAUUUGUUUAUAAAGAAGACUGUAGCCACGCGCAACACCAGCUGCGCAACGCUAUUGCUAUGGAUUUAAAGAAGAAAAAAAAACAGUAAAAAGAGAAAAACAGUAAAAAUUAACAUUAAAUUAAUUAAAAACAAGAGAGAAAAAAAGGACAAAAAAUAAUGCAAAAAACAGUAAGGAAAAAAUAACUUAAAUUAAUUGUAACAACACAAUUUUAAAUAAGAUAAAUAAAAGAAGGAAAGAAGAGAAAAAAUACAUUAAUUAAAGUUAAUCACUAUCCUUAAUCUAUUUGUGUAAAUUUUUGUAAAAAUAAAAUAUAAAUAUAAAUUUAAAAGAACGAAGAGAGGGCAAGGCAAAGCGAGACAGAGAGAAAACAAAAAGCGCGUUUUAGGCUCUUGGCGCUCGCGCGCGCUUGUACGCUCGCGAAAAGAGAAAGACAGACGGACGGACACUAGCGAGAGCGAGAGACGGAAAGAGAGCGAGAGAGUGCAGAAAGCCGAAGGCUGUUUUUCCACGACGACGACAUUGCAUUUGCCGAGCGCGCGCGCGCUCGCAGCUCCUUCUUCUUCGUCUUCUUCUUCUCUUUUAACAUCUUCCUUUCUUUGUUGGAGAUGUCUUUGUUUUCGUUUUUGUUUUGACACACGUCGUGUUUAAUUCUUUUUUCUUUCGUUUCUAUUCGUUGUUUAUGGUCGAUCCCCGAACAGAAACUACAAAAAAUACACACGAAACAUUCACACCCGCUACGAUUACUUGUAACACAAAUACAAACAAAAAGGACAACGGAACGCAGCGACACAAUCGAAAGCCAUAGACAAGCAGACACAGAACCGGAGCAGCAACAUCCAAGACCACCAAACUUGUACUACCAACUACUACUACAACUACUACUACUUUCCUCACACAAACACGAUGAUUCAGCGUUUUUUGAAACUAUCUAACCGUAUUUGAACUUUAAAAAAGAAAAAAAAAUCCAUUUUUGUGUGUGUCCCAUUUGGAACGACAGAGAAAAGAGAGAGAGAAGCGCAAAUUUGCGCGAAAAGGUAAAGAGGAUCUAGAUUUUGAGAAACAAAAGGAGAAGGCAAACGAUAUGAUGAUACAUUUCCCACUUUUUAAGCAGUAAAAGCAAACAAAGAAAACAAAAAUCCAUACAAUUUCCGUUACUUUGUUCGAAUGAUGAAACAAACUAAGAAAAAAUUAGAAAAAAAAAACAAACAAAAUAUCAAGCUUGGCAUGCGUAGUUUUCAAACAAACAAACAGCAAACUCUAGUAGAGAAACAAAAGAAGAAAAAAUAACAAGAAAGCAAAACACACACACAUAAUUGUAAUGGUUAUACUUAAAGCAAACAAACAACAACAACAAAAACAAUGGUGAAUUACUAUUUAUUAAAGUCGUAAUUUAUAGUCGUUCGAUCUAAGAAAAACCAAACAAAAAAAAAACAACAACAAUCGUGUUUUCUUCUUUCUCUUGAGUUUGUUUCUUCAUUUGUUUUCAAAUCAAUUUUUCUAAGUAUGUGUGUGUUUUUGCUGCUCGUGUGUUCGCGUGUGUCUCUAUUGUUUCUCGAAGCGAAGGGGCGGGGCCUUUGGCUUGUGUGUUUUUUCUCGUUCGGCGAUCGGUUUGUUUUCCUUUUGAUUGAUUUUUUUUUUUGUUCGUUUCGUUUUUCCUCUUCUUCUUCUUCGUUUUUCAUAAAAAAGACAGUGACAUUUAUUUUUCAGUGCGCGGAGAACAAUGGGAGGAAGAGGUAAGGAGGAGGAGCUAGCGCUGCGCGCGCGCAAGGGGGCGUGGCUUUCUGCACCAAGUUGGGAAGGGGGAGGAGCUUAGACGGUACGGAGAAGGGAUUUUUUUUUCAAGUGAGAAUUGGUGGGUUGGGGGAAAACAGAUGGAACGAAAAGAUGAGGAUGUGAGGAAGGGGUUUGGGGGAAAGCGAAAAGAAAGUGAUGCAAUCGAAUGAAGAAUCGAAGAAAGGUAAAAAGAAGGGAGUUGAAGGGAAGAAGUAUAUACAAAUAGAAUUUGAAAAUUUCAGAUCCAGAAAAAAAACACAGAAAAUAACGAAAGUGAACAAGAAAGCAACAACAAAUUAACUUUUUUUGCAGCAUUUACUUCUAACGGUGAAAAAAGAAAAUAACAGAAACAUUUAAACAUUAAGUGUACCUAGAUGAGAGAGCAAACUACAGCAAAUUGUAACGUAUACCAGAAAAUUCACCUAUUAAGUGUCAUUUUCCGCGCUAUUGUUUUCUUCUGCAAAAGGCAUCUCUCAACUGGCGUCGUCGCCAUCUGGUGGCGAGUUUUCGAAACCAGUGACAGAUGCAAUCGGAGCAAGUUUCACGUCUGUUUGUCUAUGGUAGGUAAUAUUUUUUUCUAUUUUUUAUAGUUUUCAAACACCAACACAUAUGCAAAAUCGUACUCUUCACUUGUCGAUGAUACGCAACAACACACCAACACAAAUUUAUCCUGAAAUGUCUUCUUCUUGACGUUUUGUUUAUUUUCACGAAACUUUAAACUUUUUACCUACACAAUUAACGUUAGCGAGGAAACAAAACAGCAACAAAAAAACAAAACAAACAAAAGUAAAUGGUGAAAAGUGGCGUGUAAAUUUUCUAUUGAAGAAUCUUUUUGUAAAAGUGAAAAAGCAUAUUAUGAAGAGAAAAAAAACGUAAGAAAAAACAAACCUAAAUAUGAAGCAAAAAAUACAAAAAAGAUAUAACAACAAACAUUUAUGAAUUAGCGAGAAAAACAAAACAAACAAGAAAAUGGUAUAAACUUAAAAGAAGCGAACAAAAGCAAAGCAUUGAAAGCAAAACAAACAAAAAAUCGUCUGUUUAGAAAUUUCUUUUUCUUUCUGCAAAUCGAAGUUGUAAAAAAAUCCUAGCAGGCGGCAGCGCGCGUGGUCGCGGUUUGACACGCGGUGGGCACGGCCUACUGAUUUUCCGGUGUGCGCGAGCACAGACAAGCAGCACACACAAUUUGGUAAAAAAUGCACUUUUUGAGAAAUAGAAAUCAGAAACCGGCAAAUUCUGAGGGUGCUGAACAACAAAAUCCGCAACUCUAUUAUCUCUCCCUCUCUUCCGUGUAAUCCCACCUACUCUAGUGUGCGUGACUCUCUCACAAAUGCAAGCAACGAAUUUUUGACGUUUCCGCCCGCCCCGAGCGUGGUUGAACUUCGCCAGGGUUACCACAAACGCAUUUUUUAUGCCAGGCUGAACCAGCACCCUCUCGCGGAACAAAACAGCAAACUCUAUAUCCAGCAAAAAAGAGGAAAACAGAACAAAUUUCUUCCCACCAACAACAAAUCGUAACCGAUUUGGUCUAUUUUUGUUAGGUUUUUUUUUGCUCGGUGCCGACGAGGCAAGCGCAACGUAGUAGGCCAUACACCGCCAUUGUUGAACGAAACUUAGUGAUGGACGAAAGAGUAGGGUUAGCACUUAA